AUGAUGGUGUUCUUUGUAAACUUGUUCCUGCUCUGCUCUUCAUGUGCAGCACAGUUAAGUGAAGUCUCUCGGCCUGAACCUUUGAAAACAGUCACGAUUGGUGACUCAGCUACUAUUAAAUGUUACAUAAAGAGCGCAUUAAUGAAGAGAGUGUGGUACAAGGUGACUACAGGGAGGGAACUACAGCUGGUGGUAAAAACUGAUUCUUACUAUAAUGUGAGAGAGUUCAGUGAUGAAUUCGUUAACCGUUCUUCAGUUAAAUUUGACAUGACUAACAAUCAUCUGACCAUAAAUAAAACAUCAUGGGAAGAUGUCUAUGUUGGAACAUACUUCUGUGGAGUCUUACACAUAAGUGAGGUUCAGUUUGGGUCAGGAACAUUUCUGAUGUUGACAGGUGCAAAGACAAUCAGCGACUCUGUCGUCCAGCAGCCAGAAUCAAAGUCAGUGAGGUCCGGAGACUCUGUGACUCUCAGCUGUUCUCUUCACUCUGCUCAAUGCACAGCAGAACUCACUAGUUUCAUGUGGCUGAAAAACUCAAAUCAUUCUGCUCCAGAGAUGAUUUAUUGCUCUGACAAUAAGAAAAACAGUUCCCAGAGAACUGACAGAGGACGAACUACCUGCGUGUACAACUUUGUCAUCAGGAGCCGGGAUGACGCUGGGGUCUACUACUGUGCCGUCAAUGCAUGUGGACAAGGAUUGCUUGGAAAUGGGACAAGAAUCAAUAAUGCAGACACUGAAAGCAUACCACUGGGUCCGACUGUUAUUGCACUGAUGCUGUCAAACAUGGUUCUUGGAUCUGUGAUGCUCCUCCUUGUAGUGACAUUUUGCAAGACAAGAAUGAAAAAAUCUGCAGAAGCGGCCGAUGAAGGCGGUCAGACUGGUAAUAAAGUCAUCUAUACAUCUGUGUGUUUGGCUCACAGUAGUAAUAAGCCCAGACAACCUACAGUAAAAGCCAAUGCAGACGCUGUAAUAUACUCUACACUCAAACCCUGA